UUGUCCUCCCGGCCUUGGAAGAUGGCGGUAGCGUCGGCAACGCGGGUUCUGCUGGCGGUUUGCCGGACGCCAAUGGCUCCGUCUCUUUGGGCCUCCGCUUGGCGCUUUCCACCGGACACCAUCAGAGGCCACCGGCCGCCGCUGACUCCGGGACUGAUGCCAGCCCGAGGGCUGAGAGAAAUUGUCCGGGUACAGGAGGGACAGACCAUCACAAUUGAAGGGAAGAUAGUUAAAGACUUGGCAGUAGCUUCUGAACCUCCAAAUCCUUCGGGACAGUGUCCAAUCUGCAGGUGGAAUCUGAAACAUAAAUAUAACUAUACAGAUGUGCUGCUGCUCAGUCAGUUCAUACGAUCAGAUGGAGGGAUGUUACCUCGCCGAAUCACGGGACUCUGCUUCGAAGAGCAUAAAAAGAUCGAGAUCUGUGUGAAGAUGGCUCACCGAUCUGGCUUGCUGCCAGACCACAAACCUGCCCUGCUAGAAGGUCAUGUUCCAAGAAAACAGAAGCCUCACUUAAACAGAUACCUAACUCGAUGGUCGGUGGAUUCAGUGAAGCCCAUUUGGAAGAAAGGCCUCAAGUGGUGUAAGGUGCGCAUGCCUGUGGGAGACCCAAUAAUGAAGAAUAACAUUGUCUAUGGGAAGAAACCCAUCUAUAUGAAGCAUUGAUGGGGAUGCUGGCAAACUCAAGUUCCUGGGCACUUUUUAUAAACAAACAUCUGGAAGGGUGUUCAAAUAAGAUUUAUUCAGAUACAGAGAUUUCUUUGCUAUUAAUGUGUAAAUAAUAAACACGUGGAUAUCAUCUGUAAUUUGACUUGAUGCAGAUUAAAGCAAGAGAGGCUGGACUAA